AUGACAAAGUGCAUGAAAUACGAUGAUAAGGUCCACUCUGCAGGUCCAUUGAAUGAACGAGCCACCGGUUGUUGGGCCACACUUGUGGAGUCGAGAAUGCAAGUUAUCACAUGCACAAACCCCCUCCCCGACCCGUUCCAGGAAGUCAUUGUGGGAUGCCUAGCUUGUGUCGAGGCAGUCUACGAUGGCAUCUCCAUUUUGCCUUAUUUGCCUGGAAACCUCCAGAAGAAGAUUGGCCCUUUGAAGGGAACGCUCAACAAGAUCGAACAGGUGCUGUAUGAAUUGGCGCUUCUAUCACAAGGAGUGAAAACCACCUUUGAAGAAAUAAAUGACGACAGUGAUCUCGGAAAUUAA